AUGUAUAUUGCUGAUACGAGCAUUUUUGCAAUACUUAAAAUUGACAAGAAAGGAGUGCUUUCAACUAUUGUAACUGGAUUGGAAUCUCCACGUGGCAUUACAUUAGAUUCAAAGGGUAAUAUUUAUGUCACAGAUUUAUAUGUUAUACAUAAAAUAACACCAGGUCAACAACCAUCUCCCUAUAAAUCCACUCAACCUGAUACUUCAAUGAAACCAACUCAGCCUGAUACUUCAAUGAACCCAACUCCUGGAAUAUCAAGCAAACCAACUCCUGGAAUAUCAACCAAACCAACUCCUGGAAUAUCAAGCAACCCAACCCCAGGUCUCUCAUUAAAACCAGCCCAGUCAAUGAAUGUUCCUACACCAAAAAAUAGUGAAAGAGUUUCAGAAGCUCUUUCAGUUGUAUCUGGUUGGCUUUUUACUUUUAUAAUCUUUAUUUCAGUUUUCCAAUUUUAG